AUGUACAACCAUCAGGAUUAGUAAAAUUACCACUAAUAGCAAAUUCAUUACUCGAACUUGACUACUCAGCAGGAGGAUCACCACUAUAGCAAAAGAAAAGCUAAUUUCUGCUGUUGUAUCGAUCUAAAGGUUUCUCCAAUUGUCAUUGGAUGUUUUGACAUAUUCUACUUCAUUGGAAUGGUAAUUCUUUUAAUUUAGUUGAGAGAAACCACAAUAUUCAACUAUAUGACUUUAACUAAUGUUCUUGCUACUUGUCUUCCUAGAGUGGUUGCCUUUGCCUAUUUUAUGAUCUAAAGAAAAUCUUAAGGUGCUUCAGCGAUUCUGUUUUGGGUUAGGAGUUUCUCUUGUAUUCCAAUAACAAUAAUUUUCACUUACAUUAGCGUGCUUAUCUUUAGUAUUCACACAGAUCCCAAUAACCCUAGCGACAGUGAUGGCUUAACCUAUGCAAUAAAAUACAUCUUAAUAAUCAUCUUUGUUGUUCCUCAAGCUAUCCUUCUAAGUUUAGACUACUACUUCAGCUGUGUUUUGAAAAGAUUCAAGAAUGAGAUGUUCUGA